AUGAGCGAUGCUGCUACAGGGCAGGUCUCUCACUGGAGGGACACUCCGAUAUCAUACAAGAAUCCUGUGCCUUCAUAUGUGGAUAGAGUCAUUGCUACGGAGAACGAAGAUCAAGCUAAAAUAUUCAAGUGCAUCACCAGACAGACCCGACGACCCGAGCUGGGUGAUAAGUUCUCAAGUCGACACGGCCAGAAGGGUGUGGUUGGUCUCAUUGUGAACCAGGAGGACAUGCCUUUCGGCGAGAAGGGAUGGUGUCCAGAUCUGAUCAUGAACCCUCAUGGUUUCCCCAGUCGAAUGACUGUGGGAAAACUAUUGGAGUGUGUGUCUGGCAAAGCUGGCGUUCUCGAUGGUGAACGUUCGUAUGGUACGGCCUUUGGCGGGACAACUAAGGAGCACAUGACACAAUCCUUGAUCCGGCAUGGCUUCCAUCCUAGCGCUAAGGAGUAUAUCACAUCUGGCGUCACAGGGGAGGCUCUGGAGUGCUACAUUUUCGUGGGUCCGAUUUACUAUCAAAAACUGAAGCAUAUGGUUAUGGACAAGAUCCAUGCUCGUUCCACCGGCCCCGUGAAUCAGCUCACUCGACAGCCUACUGAAGGAAGGGCGAAGGAUGGUGGCCUUCGUCUGGGAGAGAUGGAAAGGGAUUGCUUAGUGGCAUAUGGCGCCUCCAAUCUGUUGCUGGAGCGUCUUAUGCUCUCCAGUGAUGUCUUCACAGCUUCCGUGUGUCGACGCUGCGGCCUUUUAUCGUACCAAAACGGAACGUGCAAGUAA